GGAUCAGCGGCCAUAUAUAGCAGGGCAAGCCAGUUUCCAAGACCAGUCUCUCCAAGUUUGUUGAUUGUGAAGGAACCAACUAGUGCAGAGUUGCAGGACACCCUUGUUCUGGGAAGUUUGUCAUUUCCAGGUUAAUUGUCCACGAUGAAAGGAACCCAUGUUACCUGGGUACUGCUCCUGGUGCAGCUAGCUACGUCGCAGGCCAAAGUGGAGGCCGAGGAGUCGGCGCCCUACCAAGUGAUCAAAACUGAAGAGGGAUUCGAGGAGCGGCUGUACCCACCUACAAAAUGGGUGUGCUACGAUGACGUCGACCAAGUCUACACCUCCAAGAGUCAGACCAAAGCCUUCCUCAGCCUUUUCCGUUAUAUUACUGGUGCCAAUGAUCAAGGUGUGUCCAUGGCGAUGACCGCCCCGGUCACCAUGCUCCGCCAGGAGCUUAAAGACUCCAUGACGCGCUACCAGAUGUGCUUCUACCUGCCGAAGGCCCGCCAGGGGACGCCCCCGUCCCCGACAGACGAGGGCGUCUACAUCGAGGAGCGUCCGGCCAUUACAGUUCUCACGAGAACCAUCGGAGGCUUCAUCACCCGCGAGACUCAGUGGGAGAACGAAGCCUCGGCCCUGCAGGAGGUUCUUCAGGCCGCUGGCGAGAACAUUGAUUUCUCCUUCUAUUACAGGGCCGGCUACGACUCUCCUAUGAAGUUUGAAAAUAGGCGGAAUGAAAUUUGGUUCUUGAAGAAAUAGGAUUACAGCAGCUGCGGCGAGGCACGAAAAAGAAUCGGAUAUGUCUAUCCGUCUGAUAGACAGACAGACUGACAGACACACAAAGAUAUCUCAAUGUAAUUGUGUAAAUACACUGUAAUGCCGCCUGCUGCUGGUGCGUGUACCACCACCUUGACGACGACUGCAGCUUCUACGUCUACCACUACCGUCACCUCGACUGCAACUGCACUGCAGGCUAUAUUGCUGAAAGUUCUGCAGCUGAAGAAGCCAAUAUCCUUGUAUAUCCUCUUACUAAUUUCCCCACACUUGUUUUAAACAUAACCUGCUAUAGUCUUCUCUCGGUUAACAUUAUACAUGCUAGUGUGUAUGUGUUAAAGGUGUUUAGUGGUCUUUUUGUAGGACUGCCUGUCAACUGUAACCCCCCCCUCUAUCCAACUCUCGUCUCAGUCCAUGGUGAGUUUGAACGUUAAGGUGACUUAUUUCGUGUUUUCCAAACUUAAGAUGUGUGAUUUCAGGGACAGACAUGCGUAGUGGUCUCAAUGUGUUGUGACUCGCAUUGUAUAUUAAUCUUGACAGAGUGAACAUUAAGUUUAAUUGCUUGAAUUAUGAUACUUAUGUUAAAUAUACUUUGUUAACUUGC